UCCAGUUUGCGAUUGGCGGAGUUUCCGUGCUGCAUUGUAACAGCGCUUUAUUCAUCUAGCCUAUGCUCUCUGAAUAAAAGAAAAGCUUCAGCUUAUUAACAUAGAUCUAGAUCUAGCACUAACUGAGACCGGCAACCGCAAUAGAUCUAGCAGAGAAUCAAGCUUUAUUGUAGCUAUAUACAGAGAUAUUGCCUACAUGAUGCCUGGACCAGCAACUUCAGUACGUCAAGGUUGGCCUCAAGAUGUAGGCAUCAUUGCAUUGGAAAUCUAUUUUCCAUCCCAGUUUGUUGACCAGACCCAGUUAGAAGCCUUUGAUGGUGUGUCAGCAGGAAAGUACACAGUGGGGCUGGGUCAGGGGAAAAUGGGGUUCUGCUCCGACAGAGAAGACAUCAACUCUUUGUGUCUCACUGUGGUUCACAGACUGAUGGAGAGGAAUGGCAUUGAUUAUAGGGACAUUGGGAGGCUGGAGGUGGGGACUGAGACAAUAAUUGACAAAUCCAAGAGCACAAAGUCUGUAUUGAUGCAGCUGUUUGAAGAUAGUGGGAACACUGAUAUUGAGGGAGUGGACACGACCAAUGCCUGUUAUGGUGGUACUGCUGCUCUUUUUAAUGCUGUCAACUGGAUUGAAUCAAGUGCUUGGGAUGGUCGAUAUGCCCUGGUUGUUGCUGGUGACAUAGCAGUUUAUGCUACUGGAAAUGCAAGGUGUACUGGAGGUGCCGGAGCUGUGGCAAUGUUAGUUGGACCUGAUGCACCAUUAAUCCUUGAUAGAGGUGUGCGUAGUUCACACAUGCAGCAUGCUUAUGACUUUUAUAAACCUGACAUGGCUUCUGAGUACCCUACUGUUGAUGGAAAACUGAGCAUCCAGUGUUACCUACAUGCACUCGACAAAUGCUAUGAGCGUUAUACUGCGAAAGCUGUUAAAGCUGGAAUUAGAAAUGGUAACAGUACACUUGAUGUUGGUAGUGCCUUUUUGUUUCAUUCACCAUACUGUAAAUUAGUUCAAAAGUCUUUUGCCAGACUACUUCUCAAUGACUUUUUGAGAGAUGAGAGUCCUGAUUAUAGUGGGCGAUAUGCUGGCUUAGAAGCUCUACGGGAUGUGAAACUAGAAAACACAUACUUUGAUAGGACGGUUGAAAAUGCAGUGAUGACUGCAAGUAGCAAACUUUUUGAUGAGAAAACCAAACGAGCUUUACUAGUUGCAAACCAGGUUGGCAACAUGUACACACCAUCCUUGUAUGGAGGACUGGCUAGUUUUAUUAGCGGGGAAACUAUUGAGUCAAUAGCUGGGAAAAGGAUCAUUUUGUUUUCAUACGGAUCUGGUUUAGCUUCAUCAAUGUUUUCCAUGCAUUUUACCGACAAUAAAACUGCAGGCGGUGCUCUGGAGCGUCUUGUGAAUAGUUUGUCAGAUCUGAAAUUGAGACUGGAUAGUCGGCAAUGUGUUGCCCCAGCAGACUUUGAUAGCAACAUGAAACUCAGAGAACAGACUCAUCAUUUGGCACCUUACAAUCCUGUUGGGCCAAUAUCAGUUCUAUUUCCUGGUACCUGGUAUCUGACAGAGGUUGACAGUAUGCAUAGAAGGAAGUAUCAGCGACGGCCAUUAAUACUAGGAGACCAAGGAGAAGUAUGUAUGGCAGAGGUGAAGCACAUAGCCCAUCAUGUUUCAAGUAAUGCUCAUCUAGAGGUCCAACCAAGUUAAGCUGUACAAUAUUCAGUGUUGUAUGUUGUCCAUUUUAGUUUUUAUACAAUCAUAUUUGGAGUUGUCUUGUUAUAUUCAAUUGUUUACACCAAUUUCUUUGUCUAAGCAUAAAAGUUUUUUUUAUAAAAUUUUAGUGCAUUUUAUGUGUUAUUCUAUUUUUAAGCAGUCCUUAAUUAAUUUUCUGUUGGUGGAUAUAUAUUUAUCUGCUUCUAACAGAAGUGUUUAGUCUAACAAUUUCUAAAUGGGCCAACCUUAUUUUUCUGGGCAAAAUACUACAAAAUUUCAGGCAUAAUUUGUUUAUAACAAGAGUAUUUUUAAAAACUGGAUCACUUCCUAAACUUUGUAUACCACUGCUCAGUUGUAAUUAUUUUCAGGGUAUGGUAACAAAAGAUAAACUAAUUGAAAUGAUUGUUAACAAUCAGGUACUUUUUUUUUUUAGUGUGGCUAGGCUAUAUUGCUGUUUAGUAAAUGCUCAUUUUUAAGGAUUUUAAUUUCAAAAUGGCCAUUUAAAUGUUUUGUGAUACCCACCAAUUUGUUUAGAAAAUAAUUUAUUUUUAUUUUUGUAUAUUUCAUAUUUUUAGUACAGUAAGCAAUUGUGCAAUUUUAAAAUCUCCCCUUUAAAGACCACUGACUUUGUUAUGCAUUGAACGAAAUGUGCAAUGCACAAGGUGUAGAUAAUAUAUUUUUAAUUAUUAAACAUUUUUUACAUUUAAACAGCAUUUAUCAAGUAUUUAAACAUUAUUCACACUGUAUUUAUUUGAAAAUUCCAUUUUUCUUUUAUGGGUGUUAUUGGGAAUUCGACAAAAAACAGUUGAAUAUGAUUGGAUAUCCAAUAACAACUAUUAGAACAUUUGACAGUGGGAUCUAAGAACCACAUGCUUUUGGCUAUUCCCUUUAGUCUUGAAAGAUGCACUACCUGUUUCCAAUUAUUUGCUUCUCUCCUAAAAGAUAAACAAUAUAGCUUUUGCUAUAUUGCUCUUUGCCAAAGCAUAUACUAUACACAUGGUGAAGCUUUUUCAUAGAAUUAAACAGUAUUAAAGUGAUUUUUUAAACUAUAAUUAUCCAUACACUAAUAUUGAUGAAUGGAAUUCCGAGAAUGUAAUGCAUUGCUAAGAUAUGUAGUAAUAAAGCUGUAUAUCUUGAGCAGAGAAUGGGGAUGCAAUUAGCACACUUCACCACCCAAUCAUUGUGGGACCAAAUUGACAUAAUUUUUAGCUUUGAUUUUAAGGGCUUGGGUAGAUAC